AUGUCUCCGUCAGCACCUGCGGACGGCGCGGAUGUCUCCGACAACAAGAACCACAACAUUGCGCCUCCUACCAUCAAAUACGAUGAUGUCCACAUAUUAUUCGACAAGCUGCAGCAAGCACACGCCACUAAAUAUCCUCCCAGGCCACGUCUCGAGGUCCCAGAAUAUACUCCAGAUGCCAACCCAGAUGAUGUGGCCGACGGCCUGAAGCGCGUUGGCGGAGUCAUCGUCCGUGGAAUCUUGUCGCAAGAAGCCAUAGCGCAGAUCGAGUGUGACAUGCGUCCUCACUUGGAAUCAGACAUUCCAUGGACAGCCGGCAACGAUUUCUUUCCACCAUCGACUCGACGUGCUUUUGGGCUGAUCGGUAAAUCGCGAACAGCAGCCCUCGAGCUGAUCGGCAAUGAUUUGUACCAAGCCGUGUGCAAACAAUUCCUAACCACCAAAGCAUAUGCCUGGUACGGUGACAGGAACGAGGUUAGUAUCUCGCCUCCUCAAGUCAACAACACGAUUGUCUUUUCCGUCCGUCCAGGCGAUUCAUUUGACCAGCCACUCCAUCGCGAUGAUGACAUCCACUACGCCAACCGUCUUAGAGUUGACAAGUAUCCUGAGCUCCAAACUCACGAGACCAACGGCGCGACGAGGUUCAUCCCAGGAAGCCAUCUCGAAGACACGGCCCAGCCACCAGACGAGAAGGACGCUGUACAUGCUGAGCUCAACCCGGGUGAUGGAUUUAUCAUGCUCUCCAGCUGCUACCAUGGUGGCAGCAAGAACACGACAAUGAAUGAGGAACGGCUCGUGUUCAGCUGCUUCAUGACAAGGGGCUAUCUGCGCCAGGAGGAGAAUCAGUACCUUUGUGUUCCUUUGGACGUCGCCAAGUCGCUACCUCUGAGGAUUCAGAAAUUGAUGGGCUAUGCUGUAAGCGAGCCCAUGCUUGGAUGGGUCGAUUUCAAGGACCCACGGGUAAUUCUGGAUCCAAAGGCAGGAAGAGUCGCUCACAAGUACUGACGCCUUUGUGCCCCUGCACCUGGAUACGAAGCAACUUUACUUCCAGCAGAGAUCUUUACCAGCGAGUUACAAGGCAUGCUAGCCUCAUCGUCUGUCCUACCUGUUCUUUACUUGCUGACCAACUCCAUCCACGUCAGCCUUCAGCGAGAAUAAUGUCCAUGCUUUCCACAGACCGUAGGUUCUGGAACAGGAAAUCAUAAGCUCUCACAACAUCUUCAAACCCGACGACGACAAGUCAAUACUUCGUUUGUUGACUGUUUGUGUCAUGACAGUGAAUCCCUCGGGC